AUGGGAUGGAAUGGAAUGGAAUGGAAUGGAAUGGAAUGGAAUGCUGCUCCUGGACACCUCUGAGAGAAGUGAGACCCUGUGAGUGCCCUGUGCCCGGCUGUGGGCACUGUGAAAAUCAGCGUGGGCACUGCCCUCAAGAUGAGAGGUGCUUGUGCCAAGCGGGGCCUCCUGUGGGGAGAGGUAAUAUCCUGGGUGCCCUCACUGUCUGCAUCCCAAUCCUGCCCCACGCAUCCCCCGAAUGGGCACCUGCCCUCGGGUGCUGGAGCAGACACGGGGUGCCAAACAGCUGAGCUUGGUGAGAGCACCGGACGAUCGUGGGUUCACUAUGAAUGGACGUGGGGAUCGUGGAUCAAAAGGGGGAGCGUGGAGUGAGCAAGAGGCUGCCGGAGCAAAUAGAGGGUGACAGUGAGAAGACCGUGGGCAGACAGUGGCGUUUCUGUCGGGUGACCAUGUGGAGGUGACAGGAGUGAGCAGGAGUGAACAUGGUGUGAGAAUGGGACGAUGAAGAGGUGACAAAAGUUUUGGCGGAGUCACAGCCAAAACAUCCCGCAGUCAUGAGGUGACCGUGGGUAAGAAUGUGGUGACAAAUAGGUGUUCAGAGGAUGAGCGUGGAAUAAUCUUGGUGAGAACAUAGGAAGACCGUGCUGAGAAAUUGGUGGCACCACUGGAUGACCAUGAGGUUAUGAGGAAAAGAAAAAUAGCUUGAGAAUGAAGGGAUCAGAAGGGGAAAGUCUGGCCAUGAUGGGGUGACCAUCAUGUGGGUCAUAUGGGGCACAGAUGGCGUUCUGAUGGGGUGACAAAGAGAAGACCAGGGGGUGAUUACAGCGGGAACACGGCUGUAUCACUGGGCGACAUGGAGGGAGCGUGGGGCUCAGGCGGAGCCCUGUGAGCGACACGGCUGUUCCCAGGCAGAGCAGCGGCAGCGAGCAUUCCUCGGAGCAGACAGACAGACGGACGGACGGACGGCACCCAGGACAGCGCCGUCACGCCGGGGCUGAUGGAGGUACCAGGAAUGGAAAUCUGCCCGGAGACGGGUGAUGCCGCCCAGCCCAGGCACUCCCCGCUCCGGAGCGGCGGCGCGGGCUGCCGGCACCCUUCGUCCUCCUCCGACGGCAGCCAUGGGGAGCGGCCGCGUCCUGGCGGCCGGGGCCGUGCUGGUGGCGCUGGCGGCGCUGGGAGCGCGGCUGGCCGCCGGCACGCGGCCCUCGGGUGAGCGCGGAGCCCCGGGCUGGGGACGGUGCGGGCCGCUCGGAGCUCCGGGGCUCGGGACGCCGGCGGCGGGGUGGGGCCGGGACGGAGCGAGGCCGGGAGGGGCUUUGGGGUCCGGCGAGGGGCGGCCGCGCUCCGUGCCGCUCCGUCUCCCCGCAGCCUUUUUCCAGUGGAGCGCGACGGUCGAGUGCCGCUUCCUCAACGGCACGGAGCGGACGAGGUUCGUGGUGCGGCACGUCUACAACCGGCAGCAGUACGUGCACUUCGACAGCGACGUCGGUCUCUUCGUGGCCGACGCGGUCCUGGGCGAGCCCGCGGCGCGGCUCUUCAACGGCCAGCCGGACGUGCUGGAGAAGAACAGGGCCGCGGCGGAGAUGCUGUGCGGCCACAACCACGAGAUCGCGCUCCCUCUGACGCUGCAGAAGAGAGAGCCCAAGGUGAGGAUCCGCGCGCUGCGCUCGGGCUCCCCGCCCCAGACCGAGCGGCUGGCUUGCUACGUGACGGGCUUCUACCCGCCCGAGAUCGACGUGAAGUGGUUCCACAACGGCCGGGAGGAGACGGAGCGCGUCGCGUCCACGGGCGUGAUCCAGAACGGGGACUGGACGUACCAGGUGCUGCUGGUGCUGGAGGCCGGCCCGCGGCUCGGGGACGGCUACGUGUGCCGGGUGCAGCACGUCAGCCUGCGGCAGCCCGUCAGCCGGCUGUGGGAGCCCCCGCUGGACGCGGGCAGGAGCAAGCUGCUGCUGGGCGUCGGGGGCUUCGUGCUGGGGCUCGUCUACCCGGCGCUGGGGCUCUUCGUCUUCCUGCGCUGGAAGAAAGGGCGCCCCGAUCCAAGCGCUCCAGGUGACUUCGCAUUCCCCCGCUGACAGCACCGCACCGAGGAGCCCCAAGCCCAGCGUGCUCCUCAUUGCUCCCCUUUCCCUGCAGGGGUCCUGAACUAGCAGCCGCCCCGCGCCGCUGCUCCACCAGCACGUCCUGCACUCCCCAGCCGGGAGCUGCAGCUUCCCUUCGUGCUGUCGCCGCGUUCCCCGCUGCCGCUGCGGAGCCUGCUCUGUGCCCUCCUCGAUAAGAACUCGCUGAACGCUGA